GGAGAGCUGUGGCCCGGGCUGGUGAGGGAGGUGGAGGGGUUGGGGAGAUCGCAGACCGCCAAGGCCGCAGCUCACGCGGUGCCGCCGCGGCUGUCAGCUGGGUCUGGGACGCGCGAGGGCGAGCGCUGGUCACGUGACCGUAGCGGCGGGAGGGCUUCCGCCUGGGCCAGGCGCGGUCCCUGCUCAGUGCCCGCCUCCCCGCAGGCCCGAUAGAGGUCUGGCAGUCAGUGACAGAGCCGGUGGUCUACGACCCGCGCCCCCCCCAGCAGCACCAUGCCUGCUCUCCUGGAGCGCCCCAAGCUUUCCAACGCCAUGGCCAGGGCGUUGCAUCGGCACAUCAUGAUGGAGCGGGAGCGCAAGCGGCAGGAGGAAGAAGAGGUGGACAAGAUGAUGGAACAAAAAAUGAAGGAAGAACAGGAGAGAAGAAAGAAAAAGGAGAUGGAAGAGAGAAUGUCACUAGAGGAAACCAAAGAACAAAUCUUGAAGUUACAGGAGAAGCUUUUGGCUCUACAGGAAGAGAAGCACCAGCUUUUCCUGCAGCUUAAGAAAGUUUUACAUGAGGAAGAAAAACGGAGGCGAAAAGAGCAGAGUGAUCUAACCACUCUGACACCAGCUGCAUACCAGCAGAGUCUGACAGUUCACACAGGAACACACCUCCUCAGCAUGCAGGGGAGCCCUGGAGGACACAGUCGCCCAGGCACCCUAAUGGCAGCUGACAGAGCCAAACAGAUGUUUGGACCCCAAGUGCUUACUACCAGGCACUACACAGCUGCUUUUGCAGGAACUCCAGAGCAUGGCCAGUUCCAAGGCAGCCCUGGCAGUGCUUAUGGGACUGCUCAGCCCCCACCUCAUUAUGGACCCACUCAACCAGCUUAUAGUCCUAAUCAGCAGCUCCGAGCCCCUUCAGCGUUUCCUGCAGUACAGUACCUGUCUCAGCCCCAGCCACAACCCUAUGCCGUGCAUGGCCACUUUCAGCCCGCUCAGACAGGCUUCCUCCAGCCUGGUGGUGCCCUGACCUUGCAAAAGCAGAUGGAACAUGCUAACCAGCAAACUGGCUUCUCUGACUCAUCCUCCUUGCGCCCCAUGCACCCCCAAGCUCUUCAUCCAGCCCCUGGCCUCCUUGCUUCUCCCCAACUCCCUGUGCAGAUCCAACCAGCAGGAAAGUCUGGCUUUGGAGCCACCAGCCAACCUGGUCCUCGGCUUCCCUUUAUCCAGCAUAGCCAGAAUCCACGAUUCUACCACAAGUGACCAUCAUCCGACUACCUGCCUCCUCACCGUACCUCCCACCAUAAGUGAGGGUUUCUUGUAUAUAUCCAUGUCAAUAAAAAUUUACUUAUCUUUGUCCCUGCUAUUUGUAUAUAUUUUCUAACUGGGCCUCAGCUGGAGAGCACUGGGGUGGCUACAAAUUUGUAAUGACCUCAGUGACACAUUUCAAUUCUUCUAGCCAGCAGAUACUCACCUUGAGGCUUGUUUAAGGCCUGGACUCUGACCACCAAGCCAUAUCCCCUCAGCCAAUACCCAUUUAAUUCAAAGAAGCAACCAAGUUGGGGGGCUUCAUAUUAAACUUGUAGUUUUAUUCAGGUUUGAUUUUAACAAAUGUGUCGGGGAGAGAGCCCACAGGAAAGGGUGAAGCCCAUGGGGGCAGGGCCCUCCUAGAUGCCUGAGGAGGGGGCAGGUCCCCUCCCCUCUCCUCCUCUUCCCUCCCCACCUAAAGGGAUUUGGGGAGAGAGACAGGCAGGGGAGGGGGCUGGUCCCCAGUCUGUAGGGGUGGUGCCAGGGUAAAGGGCUAUGGGCACAGGGACCAGACUAGGGUGAGUGGGUAAAGGUUAUUACAAGGACCAUUUGCCAGAAUCCGCAGCAUUCUGAUUCCAGAUUGAAUUAAAAAAAAAAAAAAAGGAAAAAAA